GGGUGCAGUCCCGAGAGAAGCCCCUGGAGGAGUGUGCUGUCCCUGCCCGCAAGCAGACGCCUAGCGACAGUCACUAUGAGAAGAGUUCGCCAGAGCCGAGCUCACCCCGCAGCCCCACCGUCCUCUCACCUGAGGUGGUCAGCACCAUUGCAGCCAACCCUGGAGGGAGGCCCAAAGAGCCUCACCUCCACAGCUACAAGGAAGCCUUCGAAGAGAUAGAGGGUACCUCCCAGCCCAGCCCACCCUCCAGCGGCGUGCGUUCUCCUCCCGGCCUGGCCAAGACCCCGCUGUCUGCGCUGGGGCUGAAACCUCACAAUCCAGCUGAGAUCCUACUGCAUCCAGUAGGAGAGCUAGAAGGGGAAGCAGGCGGUGACGCUGAAGAAGAACCCAGGAGCUAUGUUGAGUCGGUGGCCCGCACGGCCACGACGGGCAUGGGAGGGAGCCUGCCUGCCACCCAGCCUGGGGCGCCAGAGAUGCCCACCAGGAAUGGCACCUUCUCCAACUCUUUCACUGCUCCCAGCCCUGUCUCCACCAGCAGCCCCAUUCACAGUGUGGACGGGGCCUCCCUCCGCAGCUACCCAUCGGAGGGCAGCCCCCAUGGCACGGUUACACCUCCCCACACCUCGGUUGAGCCUGUGUACCGGUCGCCUGUUGGCUCACAGAUGCCUUCUGCUCACAGCAGCUACCAAAACUCGUCUCCAUCUUCCUUUGCAACGGUCCAAGGAGGGGUCCCGGGCUCGGCAUACAGCAGUCCCGAUUACCCUGAUGGCCGAGCUGUCCUCCAGCCAGAACCCCAAGCUCGGUCACAGCCACAGGUCAAUGUGGUAGGGGUGCCUGGCGUGCCAGGGAGCCCCCGCACCCUGCACCGGACAGUGGCUACGCAUACCCCCCCCAGCCCCAGCCCUGGCUUCGGGCGAAGACCCAUCAACCCCAGCAUGAGUGGUGCACCUGGCAGCCCUGGGCUGGGCAGACAUGCUAUGGCAGCCCAUGGCAACCCUGGUGCCCCACCGGGGAGCCCUAGCCUGGCCAGGCAUCAAGCUGCAGCAGCUGUCCCCACGGGCAGCCCCCUGUUGACACUGUCUCGGCAGAGCAGCUCCUCUGGCUACCAGCCUCCCUCCACGCCGUCCUUUCCUGUCUCACCGGCAUACUACCCUGGAUCGAGCACACCACACUCCUCCUCCCCGGACUCGGCUGCCUACCGCCAGGGCAGCCCCACGUCGCAGCCCGCGCUGCCUGAGAAGCGCCGGAUGUCGGCUGGGGACCGGUCCAACAGCCUCCCCAACUAUGCCACUGUCAAUGGCAAGGUGUCCUCACCCCUCUCCAGCGGCAUGUCCAGCCCCAGUGGUGGGAGUACUGUCACCUUCUCCCACACUCUGCCAGACUUCUCCAAGUUUUCCAUGCCAGACAUCAGCCCUGAGACUCGUGCCAAUGUCAAGUUUGUGCAGGACACUUCCAAGUACUGGUACAAACCAGAUAUCUCCAGGGAGCAGGCCAUUGCACUGCUGAAGGACAGGGAGCCAGGGGCUUUCAUCAUCCGAGACAGCCACUCCUUCCGGGGAGCCUAUGGCCUCGCCAUGAAAGUAGCUUCUCCGCCUCCCACGGUCAUGCAGCAGAACAAAAAAGGAGACAUGACCAACGAGCUGGUGAGGCAUUUCCUCAUUGAGACCAGUCCACGGGGUGUGAAACUUAAAGGAUGUCCCAAUGAGCCUAAUUUUGGCUGUCUCUCGGCUCUGGUGUACCAGCACUCCAUCAUGCCCUUGGCCCUACCCUGCAAGCUGGUCAUUCCUGACCGAGAUCCCAUGGAGGAAAAGAAAGACUCUGCAUCAGCCACCAACUCUGCCACGGACCUCCUCAAACAGGGCGCAGCCUGCAACGUCCUCUUCAUUAAUUCAGUGGAGAUGGAGUCACUGACAGGCCCCCAGGCAAUUGCGAAGGCUGUCACUGAGACAUUGGUGGCUGACCCCACGCCCACUGCUACCAUUGUUCACUUCAAAGUCUCUGCACAAGGCAUCACCUUAACGGACAACCAGAGGAAAUUGUUCUUCCGACGACACUACCCCCUCAACACUGUCACCUUCUGUGACUUGGACCCCCAGGAACGAAAGUGGACUAAAACGGAUGGCAGUGGCCCAGCCAAGCUCUUCGGCUUUGUAGCCAGGAAGCAAGGGAGCACCACGGACAACAUCUGCCACCUCUUUGCUGAGCUGGACCCAGACCAGCCAGCUGCAGCCAUCGUCAACUUUGUCUCCAGGGUCAUGCUUGGCUCCGGACAGAAGAGAUGAGCUGGUGCUUGCGGGUGAUUCUUGAAUUUUGGAGAAGGACUUGGAGCUGAUCCGAGAAGGAGUGUGAGGAAGUGCAUUGUGGGAGAGGGAAGUGAAUUUGGGGGGGGAAAAGGGUUGGAAUUUUGGAGGAAAGCAGCAAACAACAAAAGUACCCCAACAAAACCCCUAAAAACUCAACACAAGC